AUGCAAAUGGACCUGCAACCUAAUCUGCAACUUGCAUUGUGCUCUCGGCCGCGAUCGGAGUCGGAUGCGCCCCCGGGGACUUCUCGGCGCGAAAUGAAACUCGUUCUCGCCUGCCGCGGACCCGCUGUCAACCAGGUCGUUGCAGCCCUGUCCUCCGGCCUCGCCUUCGCAGGAGUGAUGUCCCCGUGGGCCUUCCCCUCCGUCGCCCUGGGUCAGCUCACGGAGGAGGGGUCAGGGGUCCACCUCACGCGGGGUCAGCAGGAGUGGUUCACAAACCUGCCUUUGUUCCUGCUGAUUCCCGGCUCGGUGGCGGGCGGCGCGCUGGCGGAGCUGCUCGGGCCCCGGACUCUGCUGCUCCUGCUGACUCCCCUGCUGACUGCUGCCAUGGCGGCCAUGCACUUCGUGUCCUACAGGCAGGUGCAGGACGCGGGGUUGGCGGAGCUCCUGCUGCUGGCGACGCGGGUCCUGCAGGGGGCGUCGGCGGCGCUGAUGAACCCCAUCGUGUCCGUGUACCUGUGCGAGGUGGCGGAGGAGCGCUUCCGGGGGACGCUGGCCAGCCUGGUGGACGCCUGGGGGACCUUCGGCUUCCUGCUGACGUACAUCAUGGGGAGUUUUUUGGCGUGGCACUCCCUGGCACUCGUCCUGCCCGCCUGCUUGCUCGUGCCAGCCUUCCUCGGGCUCUUGGCGUCCCAGGAGUCCCCUUUGUGGCUGGCAAGGAAGGGGAAGGAGAAGGAGGCGCUGCGCGCGUUCGAGAUGCUGCGCAGCUCUCCGGAGGACAUGGCGAAGGAGUUCGACAGCGCGACAGCGUCCGAGGAGGGUGCGUCCUGCUGGGAGACGGCGAGGAUGCUCGUCAGGAAGUCCCACCUCGUGCCGAUCGCCGUCUCCAUGUUCCUCCUGCAGGCCAAGGAGCUCUCCGGGAACAACGCCGUCCUCAUCUACAUGCCACAGAUCUUCCAGCUGGCGGGCGUCGGCAUGCCCCCCAGCACCAGCAGCAUCGUUGUCAUGGCGACGCGCCUCGGCUGCAACUUCGUCGGGUCGGCGCUGCUGCAUCGCCUGCCGAGGAAGUACCUCAUGCUGGCCGGCGCCGCCCUCAGCACCGCCGCCACCAGCGCCCUCGGCGCGUUCUUCUUCGUGCAGGGACGCGGCGACGACGUGGCCCUCCUCAGCUGGCUCCCGAUGACGGCGCUGCUGGCGUUCACGGUGGGCGUGUCCGUGGGCGUGGGCCCCGCGUCGUGGCUGGUGGCCGCCGAGAUCCUCCCACACCGCGUCCGCAGCCUCGGCUUCGGCAUCGGCGUCACAGGAUACUCGCUGGCCUCCUUCCUCGUCUCGAUGACGUUCGAACGCGUGCGCGGGGCGUGGGGCUCCCACGGCCUCUUCUGGUCCUACUCGGCCGGAUGCGUCGUCUACGCCCUCCACGUCCUCCUGGCCGUCCCGGAGACGCGCGGACGCUCGCUGGCCGAGAUCGAGGACGCCUGGGGACGCCGCUCGAGCGCCCGGACGCGAGGCGCGUGCGAGGCGGCGCCCGCGUGAGAGGCCGCCACGGGCGCCGCGCCACCGCCCUUCCUCCUCCUUCCGUCGCCUUCACCCGCUGGCCAUCGCUCCCUUGCCUCCUUUACUCUGUACAACACUCUUACCCAAAGAUAUGAUAACGAUGAUAAUAAUUAAUAAUAAUCGCUUUAAAUCAGUCCUACACCUGAUAUCCACAACUUGCAAGCCCAGUCGAGUCACACACCUUCGUGAGCAGCGCUUUUAUUCGCCCCAGCGCCUCCCGCCUCAGGGAAAGGAAAAACAAGGUCGGGCAACUCAAAAGGAAACCUCCCAUUCGUAGAUUUUCUUUUAAUCUCUAAUGAAACUUAUGAUCUACGUUUACAUGUAUUUGAUAUAAAAAAAAUAUUUCUUUUGUUUUGCACCACUUUGUUGUUAUUAUUACUAUUAUUAUCGUCAUUAUCAUUACUAUCAUUGUAUUUUUUUUGUUAUGAUUAUGAUUGUCAUUAGCAUUAUUAUUAUUAUUAUUAUUAUUAUUAUUAUUAUUACUAUUAUGAUUACUAUUAUUAUUACUAUUAUUAUUGCUAUUAUCAUUGCUAUUAUUACUACUAUUAUUAUUACUAUUAUCAUUAUUAUUAUUAUUACUAUUGCUAUUACUAGUACUAUUAUUAUCAUUAUUAUUAUAAUUGAUAUUAUUAUUAUUAUUAUUAUCAUCAUUAUCAUUAUUAUCAUUAUUAUUAUCUUUAUUAUUACCACCAUUAUCAUUAUUAUUAUCAGCAUUAUUAUCAUUUAUUAUUAUUAUCACCAUUAUCAUUACUAUUAUUAUCACCAUUAUAAUUAUUAUUGUUUAUUAUUAUUAUUGUUACUACUUUUUUAUCAAAAGAGCCUUAACGAAUCAUAAUUCUCCAGUCAUAUAUUUAAAAAAACAAUGAUUUAAGUGUUAUCUUAUAUAUAUUGUCUGAGGUUUCCCGCUAUUUUCUAUAUCAGUAUUUCAUAUGUAAAUAUUUCCAAUUAUCAUGAGCUAACCUCUUGUUCUUUUGUUUAUAUCCUCUGGGUAAUAGAUUGCGUCAAGGGGAAAAUAGAAAUUCAAUAUUUUCUUCAAUAUAUAUUUUAUCAUAUAUAUGCACACCACAAAUCAUAAUUGCACAUCAAAAAGAAAUAGAAAAGAUCCAGUAAGCACUAAUCCAGCCCGGGGUCAAGCGGCCCGGGGUCACGCGGCCCAGGGUACUGUGGACCGGGAUCUUCUAGCCCAGGGUAAACAGCCCAGGGUACGUAUCCAGAGUAUCCAGAGUAAGCAGCUAGAGUGUUAUGCAGCCAGAAUAUGUGAUGUAGCCAGAGGAUACAGGCACGGCUUGCAGACAGGUAAUGCGGCCUGGGAUUUUCCACCUUAUAUCAAAUUUAAGAAGGCUGAAACAAAAACGCAUUUGAAAUAAAUAAUAAAAUCACUUGUAGUGUUACUAAAGCACUUCAGUUUCAUGUUACGUCACUUCAUUUUCACUCACAAUUUUCACAAAUAAACAUAUACAUAGUAUAGAAGCCUGCUUACAAUGUUUAUCGGUGUGGAGUUCGGAGCAAAGUGGCUGAUCAUAUAACGGCGACCACCGACCAUGGCUUUCUUCAUGUUCGAAGCAAGGGGAAUGGGUCGUCCGGGUAAACCAAAUGGUUCGCUCACGCACACAAGCAUGCACGCACUCCCAUACUUCGCACACAAGACAAAGUGCUAAGGGAAACCAUCACCAAACCCUGUACAUAUAUGCAUGCACAGAUACAUACAUGUUUAACACCCACAUACAUAUAUAUAUAUAUUCAUACAUACAUGUGUGUAUUAGGUAUUAGUAUGGUGUUACGAUCUAGAUUGUAAAAAAAAAUAUAUUAGUGAUGACAAAGGGUGUGUAUUGCUUAAUUGAGCGAUCACUGUGAUAUUAAUUUUUUGUUUUACUUUUGAGAAAAUAUUUGGUAAACAUAUCUUAUAAAAGACGUCUAUGUUGCUCUUGCCAGUGAUAUUUUAUCAUUAUUAUUAUUCUGUAUUCAUUAUUAGAAACAUUUUCUAGUCAUGCCAUUGAAAAUUAAUAUGUUUCAUUCUCAGAUAUAUGUAAAGAUCUUUAAUGACAAUGAAUAGCAUAAUGACAGUAUUGAGGAUUUUAUUGUAUCAGAGAUCAGGUGAACAGAUAAAUUUCUACGUUAAUACAGAAAAAAAUAUAUGGAAAAUACAAUGUACAUUGCAGGGAAAAAAACAGCAACAAAAAAUAAAAUGUAUUGUGAAUCC